AGUGCAAACACUGUUGUUUUGAACUUUGGAACAAACGGUCGAUUUGUUCAAUUCCUUUGACUUGCUUUCUCGUUGAAGUUUUAAACUGACCCAUAGAAAAUGGACAAGUUUUGUCUUACCAUAAUUGUAACUAAUCUGCUGCUGGAGAACUGGCUCAUUUCUGGAGGUGUGGUGUUUAUCCCUGGGCCAUCGGCAAAUUCUGUUCUGAGGAGACAGAGACGGUAUAAUUCAGGUGGUUUUGAGGAGCUUAUGAAGGGCAAUCUAGAGCGGGAGUGUAUUGAGGAGCGCUGUAGCCUGGAGGAGGCCCGCGAGGUCUUUGAGGAUCACGAGAAAACAAUGGAAUUCUGGGUCGGCUACAUCGAUGAGGACCAGUGCUUGUCCUCACCGUGCCAGAAUGGAGGAACGUGUGAAGAUGCCUUGAGGUCAUACGUAUGCUGGUGCCAAGUGGGUUUUGGUGGGAAGAACUGUGAGUUAGAGAUGCAAAAACAGUGUGAAGUCAGUAAUGGAGAUUGCGAGCAUUUCUGUACGGUGGACAAACUGUGGCGUGUGUCCUGUGACUGUGCAGUGGGAUACCGACUGGCCAGCGACAAGAGGAAAUGUGAACCUAUAGGAGAGUUCUCCUGCGGCCGUAUCUCUGAGAAAAUACUCCCGUUGCUAUCCGCGAGAAGCAUGGGCCACGUGCCCUCCUCUGACCUUUUUAACGUAUCAGAGAGCAACGUUACAGCGGGUAACACAACAGAAACGCCAGCUACCGCUAAUGGAGCCAUCUCUCCUCCCUCGGUGAGCAACAUACCGAGCUGGGUUUUCUAUCCUACCGCGCAAACCUUGAGCGAAAAAACCAAUAAUCAAACGCGCAUCGUCGGGGGUAACGAAGCUACCCCAGGAGAGGUCCCUUGGCAGGUGGCGCUGAUCAAUAAGAAAACCGGGGCAGUUUUCUGUGGAGGUUCCCUCCUGAGUGAAUAUUGGGUAAUUACAGCUGCCCACUGCCUGGUGGAAGACAAAAUAGGUCCCUUUUCCGUCAGGGCAGGAGAGCACAAUGUUUUAACGUCAGAGGGGACGGAGAGCAACCAUGACGUGGCCGAAUAUCACAUGCACCCACGUUACGACGCCAAACGCAACCCGUACAACCACGACAUCGCUCUCCUCCGGCUCCAAACGCCCGUCGCUCUGUCCGAAUACGCCCUGCCCAUCUGCCUCGGACCCGGGGACUUCACGGAGAAGCUCCUGAAAAGCGCCCGCAACUCCCUGGUGAGCGGCUGGGGUCGGCUCCGUUUUGGGGGCCGGGAGUCCGCCACCCUGCAGAAAGUGGAGGUGCCCUUCGUGGACCGCACUGCGUGUAAAGGGAGCAGUAAAGAGCACGUGUCCCGUUUUAUGUUCUGCGCCGGGUACACCACCGGAAGCAAAGACUCAUGCCAAGGAGACAGUGGUGGACCCCAUGCCACCAAAUUUCUCAACACCUGGUUCCUCACAGGGAUCAUCAGCUGGGGAGAAGAGUGUGCCAAAGAGGAAAAGUAUGGAGUUUACACCCGGGUAUCCAAAUACUUGAACUGGAUUAGUAAUGUGACCGGGCUCCACAAAGCUUCCUCUAGUGCUGAUCCUACAGACUGAAGAUCAGCCCAAGGCCUGUAACUCUGUUGAGAAAUAUGUAACCAUUCACAAUAGAUAUCCCUGUAACAGUCCACUGUCUCAUUCAUUCACAAACUAAAAGUAAUGAUCGGUUAUUGACUAGAAUUUAAAAAUAAAAACAAAAAACAAAAACCAGUCCGAACAAAUUACAGGUUCUAUACAGUCUGGCAAGAUUUACUUAACAUCACAAUUAUUCUACAGACAUAUUGUAGCGACCAGGAAAAAAAAAUAUAGAACCAUUCAUCUUGCACAUUGUGCUUAUAUAUUCAGUGAAAUCUCAUAUUUGAUAUUCACUUUUCCACAUUUAAUAUUCACAUGAGGUUACUCUCUUCUUGGUAUCUUUCAAAUGUACAUACUAGUAUAUAACCAAAGUGCAAUGGCUUCAUAAAGCAUACAAGUUGAUAAAGUUCCACAUUACACAUGUUUGGAUGUCAUCUCAGUUCACUAUGACAGCAUCAGUCUUUUCCCCUGUCACUUUAAUAAACCCCAAUAUGACAGACAAAAA